CCAGAGUCAGGAGGAGGAGGAGGAUGAAGCUUGGGAAGAGAGGAGUAGGGGCGGCAGAAGGGAAGAUUGUUUUGUUAUCGGAGCAUUGUGUUGUGUGCGGGACAGUUUAGAGAAAUAAACGUGUGUCUUCUGGACAUUCUGGGCCUGUGUGUCUGUCUGUAGCCAGGCUAUCUUCUACAAUGUUUAUCAUUUUUCCAAAUUCUGUGUGUUUUGCAGAUCUGUUGGUUCAAAGAUGGAAGGCGUAUCAUGCCCGGAGGCCGCCACCAAAUUGAAGUACUUCAGGAUGGUAGAGCCAGUCUGCGCAUACCUGUUGUGUUGCCUGAAGAUGAAGGGGUCUACUCCGUCUUUGCCUGCAAUUUCAGCGGAAGCAGAGUUUGUUCUGGAAAGCUUUAUGUGGAACCCAGCGCACCCACAGGGGCACCUCAGUAUAUUGCUGAACCCGAGGCUGUCAAGCGUAUCCGUUCUGUCUCUCCCCGCUCCCCAAGCCGAUCUCCAGCUCGCUCUCCUGGACGCUCUCCUGCACGCAGACUGGAUGAAACCGAUGAGAGUCAGCUGGAGAGGCUUUACAAACCUGUUUUUGUCAUGAAGCCGUCAUCCUGCAAAUGUGCUGAAGGACAAACAGCUCGCUUUGACUUGAAGGCAGUUGGAAGACCAAUGCCUGAAAUCUUCUGGUUCCAUAAUGGCCAACAAGUGGUGAAUGAUUAUACUCAUAAAAUUGUGGUCAAAGAAGAUGGCACCCAAUCAAUGAUCAUUGUUCCAGCCAUGCCAGGGGAUUCUGGAGAAUGGACUGUGGUGGCUCAGAACCGAGCUGGAAAAACAUCCAUUUCCAUGACGCUCACUGUGGAGGCCAAAGAAACCCUAGUGAAACCACAAUUUAUUGAAAAGUUAAAGAACCUCAGUGUAAAAGAAGGCACUUUGGUGGCACUGGCAGUCAAGGCUAUUGGCAAUCCAAUCCCGGAUAUUGUAUGGCUGAAAAACAGCGAUAUCAUCACUCCACACAAAUAUCCAAACAUUAGAAUUGAUGGCAACAAAGGAGAGGCUGCCUUCUCAAUUGCAUCGGCACAUGGCAGCGACUCUGCGUGGUACACGGCCACUGCCAUCAACAAGGCAGGACGUGACACAACCAGAUGUAAAGUUAACGUGGAAGUAGAAUUUGCAGAGCCUGAACCAGAGAGGAAAUUAAUAAUCCCCAAAGGAACCUACAAGGCCAAGGAGAUUGCUGCUCCUGAACUGGAGCCACUUCACUUGCGUUACGGACAAGAGCAGUGGGAAGAAGGUGAUUUAUAUGACAAAGAGAAGCAGCAGAAGCCACACUUCAAAAAGAAGCUGACCUCAGUGCGGCUCAAGAGAUUUGGACCAGUGCACUUUGAAUGCAGACUGACUCCCAUUGGAGACCCGGCGAUGGUAGUAGAAUGGCUGCAUGAUGGGAAGCCUUUGGCUGCUGCCAACAGACUGAGAAUGGUAAAUGAAUUUGGCUACUGCAGCCUAGAUUACGAGGUUGCUUACUCGAGGGACAGCGGCGUCAUUACCUGCCGAGCAACGAACAAACACGGAGUCGAUCAGACCUCCGCAACUCUCAUUGUAAAAGACGAGAAGAGCCUUGUCGAAGAGAGCCAGCUGCCUGAGGGCAGGAGGGGAAUGCAACGAAUUGAAGAGCUCGAACGAAUUGCUCAUGAAGGAGCCCUUGCAGGUGUCACAGAAGAAGUGACAGAAAAGACCAAACCCGAGAUUGUCUUGUUCCCUGAGCCUGCAAGAGUAUAUGAGGGUGAGAUUGCAAGAUACCGUUGCAGAGUGACUGGGUACCCCCAACCAAAAGUCAACUGGUAUCUCAAUGGGCAACUCAUCCGUAAAAGCAAACGCUUCCGACUUCGCUAUGAUGGCAUAUACUAUCUUGAAAUUGUUGACUGCAAGUCCUAUGAUUCUGGUGAGGUCAAAGUGACAGCUGAGAAUCCAGAAGGUGUUGUGGAGCACAUAGUAAAGCUAGAAAUUCAGCAGAAAGAGGACUUCAGAUCUGUUCUCCGCCGUGCUCCAGAACCAAAGGUGGAGGCGCCCACCGAGCACGGCAGAGUGUCUUUUGACGUUGUCAAGGCUGACAAACCCCAUGAGACGCCCCUCAGUAAGGAAGUCGUGAAGCUGAGGAAGGCAGAAAGGGUUACACAUGAAAAAGAAACCGAGGAGACAGAGGAGCUUCGCAGUAAAUUCAAACGUAGAAAGGAAGAAGGCUAUUACGAAGCUAUCACAGCAGUUGAGUUGAAAUCACGCCGAAAAGAUGAGUCCUAUGAGGAUAUGUUGAGAAAGAGGAAGGAAGAACUCCUUCACUGGACCAAAGACAUGCCUGAGGAAGAGAAGAAAGCUCUUCUUGCUGAAGGCAAAGUGACCAUUCCAACUCUUAAACCAGACAGGAUCGAGGUGUCACCAAGCAUGGAGGCUCCCAAGAUCCUAGAACGCAUACAAAGCCAAACUGUCCCUCAGGCAGACGAGGCCCACUUCCGUGUCCGGGUGGUGGGUAAGCCAGAGCCUGAGUGUGAAUGGUUUAAAAAUGGAGUGAAGCUGGAGAAAUCGGAGCGCAUCUACUGGUACUGGCCUGAAGAUCACGUCUGUGAAUUGGUUAUUCGAGAUGUCACAGCUGAAGACUCUGCUAGCAUCAUGGUGAAAGCCAUGAACAUUGCUGGUGAAACUUCAAGCCAUGCAUUCUUGCUUGUACAAGCCAAGCAAGUGAUUACCUUCACUCAAGAGUUAGAAGAUGUUAACGCCAAGGAGAAAGACACCAUGGCGACAUUUGAAUGUGAAACAUCAGAGCCAUUUGUGAAAGUGAAAUGGAUGAAGAACAACGUCCAGAUUUUCCCUGGAGACAAGUACAGAAUGCAUUCGGACAGAAAAGUCCACUUUCUUUCUGUUUUAAUCAUUGAUAUGACUGAUCCAGCAGAGUACACCUGUGCACUUAUUGAAGAUGAAUAUGUGAAGACCUCCGCUAGGCUUAUUGUGGAAGGCGCUCCCCUUGAAAUCGUGAAGAAACUGGAAAAUAUUGAAGUGCCUGAAUCGAUGUCAGGCGAAUUUGAAUGUGUUGUUUCCAGAGAAGACGUUGAGGGCAAGUGGUACCGUGGGGAUGUCGAGAUCACACCAAGCAGUAAAUAUGUCAUUGCUUCAAGACGUGGCCGCCAUAGCCUGACAGUAAAAGAUGUCACUAGGGAGGAUCAAGGUGAAUACACUUUUGUUGUCGGUGACCAGAAGACAACUUCAUCACUGAAGAUGAUAUUACGUGCUGUAACAAUCUUGCAAGGCCUCGGUGACAAGACUGUAUGUGAGGGUGACAUCGCUCAGCUGGAAAUUAAGUUUUCUCAGGAAAAUGUCGAAGGCACCUGGAUGAAGAAUGGACAGCCGAUUCAUCCAAGUGAAAGAGUUCACAUUGUAAUCGACAAGCAGACCCACAUGCUGCUUAUUGAAGACUCAUUAAAGGCAGACGCUGGAACCUACUCCUUCCUUGUUACUGGCCAUGACCUUUCAACAUCGGGCCGAUUGUCAGUUCAAAGUGUUGAUAUCGUUAUACCACUGAAGGAUGUGACUUCCGUUGAAGGAACAAAAGCUGUACUUGAAGCCAAAGUGACUGCCCAGGACAUCGCUGCAGUUAAGUGGUAUCUCGACGAUGAGCUAAUUACAUCUACUGAGAGAGUCCAACCUGUUGCCAAAGGGGCAAAGCAAAGGCUGGUGUUCAGCAGAACAUUUGCUUCAGACGAGGGACAGUACAAGCUAGUCAUUGGCAAAGCAGAGUCCAGCUGCAGACUUACCGUUGAAAGUAUUCACAUUGUCCAAGGACUGCAAGACCAGACCUGCACAGAAACCCAAAAUGUGACAUUUACAGUCAAGCUGUCACACCCUGGCAUUGAUGCUGUUUGGAUGUUUAAAAACAACGUCCUCAAAUCGGGUCCAAAAUACAAAAUGGAAUCAGAUGGCAAGGUGUACACGCUAACUGUGAACAAUACAAUGAAGGACGAGGAGGGAGAAUAUACAUUUGCUGCAGGAGAAAAGACAUCCAGUGCAAAGCUCACCGUUUCAGGUGGAGCCAUAAGUAAACCCUUGGAAGAUGUCACAGUUGCGGAGUCUCAGACUGCCAUCUUUGAAUGUGAAGUAGCCAACCCUGACUCAGAAGGCAAGUGGCUCAAGGAAGGAAAAACACUCAGCUUUACUGAAAUCGUCAAAUGUGAGUCAGAUGGAAGAAAAAGAAGACUCAUCAUUCAAGGAUCCAAGCAGGAUGAUGUUGGAGAGUACACGUACCAAGUGGCAACUUCAAUGACAUCCGCCAAGCUGAAGGUAGAAGCUGUCAAGGUGAAGAAGACUCUGAAAAACCAAACAGUGACAGAAACACAGGAUGCGGUCUUCUCUUUGGAGCUCACACAUGCUGACGUUCAUGGCUCUCAGUGGAUUAAAAACGGUGUUGAACUGGAGCCCAGUGACAAGUACGAGAUAAAAGUGGAAGGUUAUCUGCACACUCUGACCAUUAAAAACUGCAACACGCAGGAUGAGUCUGUCUACAGCUUCAAACUGGGAAAGUUGGGAGCGACUGCCAGGCUUCAUGUGGAGACUAUAAAGAUUAUAAAGAAACCCAAAGAUGUGACCACCCUAGUUGAUGCAACCGCUUCCUUCGAGCUGAGCCUGUCUCAUGACAAUGUGCCAGUUAAAUGGAUGUUCAACAAUGUUGAGCUGAAGCCAAGUGGCAAGUACAAGAUUUUGACAGAAAGGAAAGCCCACAAACUGCUUAUUCAAAAUGUCACCCAGGAGGACUCUGGAGAGUACACUGCCAUCGUUGGACAUCUUGAGUGCCGAACACGACUGUGUGUAGAAGCCCUUCGCAUCACCAAGACAAUGAAAAGCAUCGAGAUUCCUGAGACCAAGGCUGCCACAUUUGAGUGUGAAGUUUCUCACUUUAAUGUUCCUGCCAUGUGGCUCAAAAAUGGAGUGGAAAUAGAAAUGAGCGAAAAAUUCCGAAUUUCCGUUCAGGGCAAACUUCAUCAGCUGAUCAUCAUGAAUACCAGCAGUGAAGAUUCGGCCGAGUAUACAUUUGUCUGCGGGAAUGAUAAAGUCUCUGCAACUCUAACUGUUAAUCCCAUCCUCAUCACUUCUAUGUUGGAAGACUUGAAUGCUCAGGAGAAAGACACCAUCACCUUUGAGGUUAAUGUCAAUUAUGAAGGCAUAACUUACAAAUGGCUGAAGAAUGGGGUGGAAAUCCGAUCCACUGACCGCUGCCAGAUUAAAUCUAAGCAAGUGAACCACACACUGACUAUCAGGAACGUCCACUUUGGAGAUGCUGCCGAGUACAGCUUUGUGGCAGGUUCUGCUGCCACCUCUGCCACUCUCUUUGUGGAAGCUCGUCUUAUUGAGUUUAGGAAACAUAUUAAGGAUAUUAAAAUUAUCGAGAAGAAGAAAGCAACUUUUGAAUGCGAGCUCUCAGAACCCAACGUUUCUGUGCAGUGGAUGAAAGACGGACAAGAGCUUGAAACUGGCGAUAGGUACAAAUUUGUCACGGAAAAGUUUGUUCACCGCCUCAUCAUCCCCACCGUCCGCAUAUCUGACGCAGGAGAGUACUCUGUAGUGGCAGGAGGAAACCUCUCGACUGCCCAUCUCUAUGUGGAAGGCCGGGAUGUUAAGAUAUCAGAUCCAGUUGAAAAGCACAUUACGGUAAUUGAACGUCAGAAAGCUGUGAUUGAAUUUGAAGUUAAUGAGGAGGAUGUGGAUGCUCGUUGGCUCAGGAAUGGAGUUGAAAUUAACUUCCGAGUUGAAGAAAGGUUUAAAUACAUCAUUCUGCGAAGGCUUCAUCGUCUGACGAUCACUGAGACCAUCACCAGUGAUGCUGGGGAAUAUACCUUUGUAGCAGGCAGGAACAGAAGUGUGGUUACACUACAGGUUAACUUGCCUGAACCUCCAAGGAUUAUUCAAGAGCUGGAGCCUCUCACAGUCGAAUCUGGAAAGCCAGCACGGUUCUGUGCAAAGGUCACUGGCAGGCCUCUGCCUCAAAUUUCCUGGUAUAAAGAAGACCUGAAAAUCUUUGCUGGCUACAAGUGCAAGUUCCUCCAUGAUGGAGAAGAGUAUACGCUAUUGCUGAUUGAGGUUUUCCCAGAAGAUGCAGCUACUUACACUUGUGAAGCUAAAAACGAUUACGGUGUUGCCACCAGCUCUGCUUCACUCACUGUUGAAGUUCCAGAGGUCCCAUCUCCUGAAGUAGAGGCUCCCAUUCUUCCUCCAGUCGUGAUUUCUCCAAUUCAAGACACAUCAACUGUUGAAGGAGAAUCUGCCCGUUUCCAGUGCAGAGUUUCAGGAUCAGACCUAACUGUGACCUGGUACUGCAGAGAUAAGGAGAUUAGACAAUCUGAAUUUUUCAGAAUGACACAGCAUGAUGAUAUCUGCCAGCUGGAGAUUGCCAAGGCUUACCCUGAAGAUGAAGGCCUAUACACUUGUGUGGCCAAAAACUCAGCGGGACAAGUCUCCUGCUCAGCCAGGUUGUCCCUUCAAGGAGAUAAAAAGCAUGAGGAGGUGGCAUCAAGGGCUGAGUGGCAUGUCUCUUCAAGCAUUAAGAAGGAGCCGCUUGGCCAAAAGCCAGUUUUCAUUGAUCCCAUUUCAAGCUGCACGGUUCCUCAUGGUGAAGUGGCGAGAUUUCACGCACGGGUCUCCGGCAUGCCGAGACCAGAUAUUCGCUGGCUUCACAACGAUCGUUUAAUACAGCCAAGCAAAAAUGUGGUCUUUCAUUUCGAUGAGGUAACAAACACAGCCACUCUGAUCAUAGUUGACGCGUACACGGAGCACGCCGGACAGUACUCGUGCAAGGCGAGCAAUAAUGCUGGAGAGGCAACUUGCACUGCUACCCUUACGGUAACUCCACAAGACAUAAAGAAAGUCAUUCAAGAAGAGAUUGAGCGUAAAAUUGAGAUGGAAGUUAAAGAGAUUUUCUACCGCACUGGGACCGAACAUUUUCAAAGUACAAGAGAGCUACGAGGGGCUUUUUCAGACACAGAAGACUACGUUGAUCAUGGAUUUGUUUCUGCUAAUCGUUGUUCAAGUAGAACCUCCUCUAUUAGCUCGUGGUCUGAAAGUAUACGACCGUCAUUUACGAAAAAGAUCAAAUUUAAAUCUGUUUUAGAGGGUGAGACUGUAGCUUUCCGAUGUAAACUUGUAGCCUGUCCUGCUCCUCAUAUCUCAUGGUUUCACAACAACCGCCCUGUCCCCAGAAGUCUACGACGGCAUGUGACAACUGAAAGCACAAUGCACAUUCACACCUCCAUUUUAGAAAUCAAGGACGUGCAAGAGAGGGAUUCCGGCAGUUAUAGGGUGUUUGCGAUUAACAGCGAGGGGUCCGCAGAGUCAACUGCUUCCUUAUUAGUAGCUCUAAGGGAGGAACAGAAUGCUAACUAUUUAACAUUUGUUAGGCGCUCAGAACAAGCACAUGAAAGUAUAGAUACGUUGGCUGAGAGGCGGAAAGAAAUCAAACUGAGGAUUGACCUACGGUGUGUUGGGUCCCCAUUUGACAAAAAACGGAUGACUAAGAAGUCUUCCUCAACUUCAUCCUCAAAAAAAUGUCUUAUGCGUACUAUGUACUUUAGGUCUUCAUCACCAACGCAAAGAACAGAUUCACGUUUGAGUGACACGACCUCAGAUCGAGGAUCCCCUCGUUUGUCAGAGAGGUUCAGUGACACAGAAAGUCUCCUGGAAGAAGAUGUAAAGGUGAAAUUGCAUCGUCUAAAGAAAGCUGUCAAAGAGAAGAAGAGGCUUUCUCUUUCUUCCAGGUCGUCAUCUGAAUUUGACCUUGAAUCUGUCGGAAGCGAGUCCAGCUACACUGAUUACUUAGAGCGUCGGAGGAUGAAAAGCUCAUCUGUGUCUGAAGUGUUACAUUAUGGAAGAAUAGGAGGACAAGAUGAAGAAGACUUACACAGCAGAAUGGAGCGCAUUAUAGGCCUUCAGCCUCAGGAUGGGGUAUCAGCAAGAGAAAGUGAAGGCAGAUCAGACCAAGAAUGCUUCCAGUCCAAGGACGUCCGCCUCAAAAAGGAGCCAUUUGCCACAGAGGUCUUGUGGGAGAACACAGGUGGACCAUCUUGUGGUGAGCUUGGAGUAGAGCAAGCUGAAAAUCAAGAAUCACAAAUUGAUAAUGAAGUUACAGGAACAAAGGAAGUAGAAGAACCCAUCCCUGAGGUGCCACAUGGUAAGGAGAUGGAAGUGUCAGACAAAACAGUAUCCGUGGUGGAGGAGAUCACCGCUAAAGAACAUUCUGUGUUGGAUUUGCCAACUAAAGUCACAGAGGCUGUAAGUGCACCAAAAAGUGCCACAAAGGAAAUUUGUCAGGCAGCACCCAGACAUGACUCUUUAAGCAAACCCCAGCCAUGCCCACCUACUUUUGAAAAAGAGAUCAUCCCGCUCCAAGUUACCGAAGGAGAUAUGUGCUCGUUUUAUUGCAAGUUCCUGGGCUAUCCCCAUCCAACUGUUACUUGGUAUAAAGAUGAAAAGCCUGUGCCGAGGAAUCAGGAUUUUGAUAUCUACAGCACAGAAUGCCAAUCCACGCUCACAAUUGUGUAUGCAAUUCCACAGCAUCAUGAAGGAACUUACACAUGUGUUAUAUUUAACCAGUUUGGAACUGCUACAACGUCAGCAUCUCUUAAAGUGUCCCAGCAGAGUCUGGUGAAGCUAGAUCCAGUCAGUGAGGUGCAUCCUCUCAAGGCAUCAGAAAUGUCAGAGGAAGAGCUAGCCAGCAUUUUAGAUGAAGAACUGGAGUCCUACAACGUCCCUCAGCACGUAUCUAAGUCUACCUUACAUGUACCUCAGGUGGCUUUGUCUCGACCUAGAGCUUCGGAGACCUCUCAUCCCUGCUCAGCUGUUGAAAUCAUGAUCACUGCUGCUACUCCUGUGCCUGAACAGCAUGAAGAGGAGAGAGAUUCAAUUGAAGCUAUUCAGGAAAUAUCUGACGACUUCACUCGUGAGCAGCCUUCACCACCUACUAAACAUAAGUUUACUUUCUCAUUUGAUGUUACUACGGAGCCCCCACAGGUUAUAAAGGAACUUGAGGGUCUUAGAUGUGUAGAAGGUGAUAUGGUGGUCUUUGAAACUGUCAUAUCUGGAGACCCCAAGCCAGCCAUCGCGUGGUUGCAUGACAACAGGCCUCUGUGUAACAUUUACAGCAAAUAUGCAUUUGAAGAGGAUGGUGAGACUUAUAGGCUGUACAUCAAUAAUGUUUCCUUACUGGAAUCAGGAACUUAUAUGUGCUUUGCCCAAAGCAAAGCUGGAAAGGCAGAAACCAAAGCAGUACUUCUGGUCGAAGGUACCACCAAGGAAAUGGAUAGAGUCCACAAAAUGACCAGAGAUCACCAGUCAGUGUCAAAGUUUACCUAUGAGGGCCACCAACCAAGGCAGAGAUCAAGUCAACAAGCAAAGAAAGAUGAAGAAAAGUCUUUAGUCUCUCUUUCACAUCCAAUAAGUCAAAGGAUCGUACAUGAUCAGCCCAAACGAAAGGAUCAGCCAUGUGAAUACUGGAUGUCUGAAGAUGAUCGUUCUGGAGUUCAAACACAGCACGUGACCGAGCCUCUUAACAAAAUUCAUUACACAGAGGCACCUGUCCUCCACUUUGGUCAGCUCAAUAAAUCAGUUAACCAUUCGGUAAGAAAAAAUGACGAUGUUAAAGAGCUCCCAAGACGUAGAGCUAAGCCAGUGCCAUCGAGUACUGUUAGUGAAAUCACCGGGUGUGGAUUAACACCAUCAGGGGCAGUAAGCAGAGUGUCUAAAAUUAAAGGAAUCUUUGAAAAUCCUGAAAGCCCUACCCUUACACGUCGUUCACGUGAGACUAUCAAAAGUAAAACGGAGCCAAAGUUUCCUGAAGACUAUCAAGAGAUGAGAGAAGAUAUCAUUCAUAGGAAAGUAAAACUCCCUCUUCAAGAUGAACAAGCUGCACGCACAACUGCCUCUGUUGACACUUUGCCACUUGUGACGGUGAAAUCAGACCAACCUGAGCUCUUUAUUGUCGGCAGUGACGCGGUUCCUGGACAAACCAAAGGGUUCACCCCAUAUGUGAAAGGUCCCAGCACUUUGGAAAGAAGGGAAGAUGUCAUUUCUUUUCAUUCCUUUGACAUGCAGGAGCCUGUUUUUGAAGCACCAUUCAAGCAAGUUCAACCAAGUAUUCCUGCACCACAGCCAACUAAACGUUUAUCCAAACAAGUCAAACAAGUGCCACCCGAUUAUAAGCAAUGCACCCAGCCAACACUUUCACCUUCAAAAGAAUCUCCAGUGCCACAUCUUGAAGAGUCUGAUCAGCAAAGCUUUGUUAGUCAGUUGAGGCAGGCAGUCUCAGGUGAAGCAAAUGAAAUGACUACGCAGGGUGUGUCUGAACGAGCGUCGUUUACAGACACUUUACUCACGAGCGAGAGUCAUUUUAUUUCCCUGGCAAGUUUGCCAGAAUUCAAAUCUGUGGAAGAAGUUGCUAAAAUGGAAUCGUACAGCGCUCCCAAGAUUGUAAAACCUGAAGCAAUACUGCCUGUGAGAUAUGAAAUGGAUACCGUAACGGAAAGUAGAAAUAAGGUUUCUGAAAGCCACCAUGUCCCUUUGCCAUCUUCUGGUGAAAUGCACACCCAGGGCCCAAGAGUAAAUGACAACUCCGAAUGUAUGCUUGGUGUGAAGGAAGAAUCCAGCUUCAUUGACCACUUGAAGGAAAUAAGCCAGGAGAACACAUCGCCAGACUUGGAUAUGCCCAAGGCAGAGACAUUGAGAGAUGAUGACGGUUUACAGCCCACAGAAGUAAAAGCUCCUUUAUUUGCAAAGGUUUAUUUGCCUGAAACUCCAUUGGAAGACUCAAUGAAGAUCCGACAGAAGAAUGCUUCACGUGCUGCAGAUUCAGAACCUAUGGAGUCCCAUUCUUUGGCAAAUUACCUUCUGUCGUUCAGGGAUGAAGUUAACACAGGAUCUUCCAACGGAGAUCUAAAACCACACUUUAAUAAGGAAGACGAUGCAAUGGAAAGCGCAGUUUCUACAGAACCAGAGAUGCACAGUGCUGUUUCAGCUCAGAUUGCAAAACCCCAUCGCCAGACUUCUCAACGAACUAAUGAAAGUGGAACUCAAGAGUCUUCCAUAUCUGCAUAUAGCCAUGAAGGAACUUUAUAUGAUAAAGAAAUGAAUAUUCCCAAAUCAAUAGGCAUUCCAGCGAUUAAG